AUGAUCUCCUCUGAUUCUCACAACGGGCACGCCAAUGGCGUAAACGGCCAUGCCAACGGCGCGUCCAGUUCUCUCGCAGCUGCCUUCUCAGCAGCUAAUGCUGGGCUUGACUAUGAAGUGCUCAUCAUCGGUGCUGGCCUUAGCGGCAUCUUCUCCAUGUACCGGAUGAGGGAGCUGGGUCUGCGGGCAAAGAUCCUCGAGGCCGGUUCUGGCGAGGGCGGUACCUGGUUCUGGAACCGCUACCCCGGUGCAAGGUUUGACUCUGAGAGUUACUCUUACAUUUUCUCCUUCUCUCAAGAGGUGCUUGAUGAAUGGGACUGGGAAGAACAUUUUGCCCCUCAACCAGAGACUCUCAGGUACAUCCAGUACCUCACCAAGAAGUUCGACCUCAAGAAGCACAUGCAAUUCAACACAAAGAUACAAUCGGCCCAUUGGCAGACGGACAGCAAUUCCUGGCUCUUGACGGAUCAGAAUGGCCAGACUUACACUUGCCGCUACCUCAUCACCGCCAUGGGCAUCCUCAACGAGCCUACUCUUCCCAACAUCCCAGGAGUAAAUGACUACAAGGGUGAGGCCUGGCACACGGCAAGGUGGCCCGAGAACUCCUCGGCCAGCCUCGAAGGCAAGCGUGUCGGCAUCAUUGGAACGGGUGCCACCGCCAUCCAGACCAUCCAGGCCAUCGCCGACAAGGUGGGCAGCCUAACCGUCUUCCAGCGCACCGCCAAUUGGACGGCCCCUUUGCGGAAUUCCAAAAUCACCAAAGAGGAAAUGGCGGAGAUCCGCAAGCGGUACGCCACCAUCUUCAAGCAGUGUCUCGAGUCGUACUCUUGCUUCAUCCACGUCACAGACCCCACGAGCGUCUUCGACAUGUCUGAGGAAGAGCGCCUCAAUCAUUGGGAGAAGCUUUACAAUACACCCGGGUUCGCCAAGGUCCUCAGCAUCUCUUCCGACAUUUACACCGACAAGGCUGCCAAUGACCUUUACAGUGCUUUUUACGCGGACAAGAUUCGCCAGCGCGUCAAGGACCCCAAGGUCGCUGAGAAGCUGAUUCCCAAGAACCACGGCUUUGGAACGAGACGCGUUCCCCUGGAGAGCGGCUACUAUGAAGUCUUCAACCAGGAGAACGUCAAGCUCGUUGACAUCAGAGAGAAUCCCAUUGAGAAGAUUGUGGCUACUGGUGUGCAAACGCGGGACGAGCUCUACGAGGUAGACAUUCUCAUCUAUGCCACGGUAACCGGUUCCUUCCGAGCCGUCGAUUUCCAGGGUGUUAACGGCACAAAGCUCAACGAUGUUUGGAGUGAGGGUAUCCGCACCUUCCUAGGCUUGACCGUCGCUUCCCUGCCGAACAUGUUCAUGGUAAUGGGACCUCACCAAAUGUUCGGCAAUAUACCAAGAAGCGUAGAAUACGCCGUCGAGUGGGUGGCCCGGUAUCUCAGGUAUGCACGCGAUCACAACAUCCAGUAUAUCGAGGCCACCGAGGCGGGCAUGGACUUGUGGACGGAGCAUGUCCACGAGUGCGGAAAGGGUCUGCUUGCGAACGACGUAGACUCCUGGAUGACGGGAGUCAACUUGAACUUGGCGCAUAAACAGAAGAGGUCCAUGACGAGAUACAAUGGGCCUGCUCCCGGGUACAGGAAGCGAUGUGAUGAUGUUGCGGCUAGGAAUUACUCUGAUUUCGUCCUUAAGCAAGGGUAG